UGUCUCCAUUUUUCUGAUGUGAUGUGUUUAACUUUAUUGAAGUAGGGAGCAGUUUGUUAAUCUGUCAGAGAAUCUAAACAACCAACAAUUUAAUGAUGUAGUUUACAAAGAGUUUCUCCGGGAUUUUCUCGUUAAUUCUUUUGCUGACCGUAAAUUGUUAGACUUCUACAAUGUCCUCCAUGCAGUCACUGUAAUUAUACCUCUCUCAGGACAGUGUCCUGCAGAAGAGCCACUUUUCUCUGCCCUCACUCCACAGAGCGAUGCCUCCCUUGUGUCACUGACAUGGAGAGAUGCAGGUUCACUUGCCCUGCGUAGGGGCUUAUCUAGGGCUAAGCUAGGGGGACGGACAAAUAGUAAAGCCAGCCUCAAUCCAGCCAGCCGGGCUAAGGGCACAGAAAGCCAUCUGUCCCUUCUCUGUGCAAUAACUGACAACAAAGGGGGUCAAACAUUUAACGAGGACUGUAAAACUAGGGGACUAUUCAUUCUGGAGUGACAAAGAAGAGAGGAAGAGGAACAAAUAUUUGUACUAAAACAACAGGUGUGGCAUGCCGGCAAAGCGUUGUCUUCAUCUAUUGGUGUAGAGUGUUGUAUGAAGCUGAGUGUCUAGACCGUUGAUAAGUGUGAAUAUGUCUGACAAGGAAGGUGGGGCCUCAGAGGGGGGGCUGAAUGUUACCCUCACGUUACGGCUUCUGAUGCAUGGGAAGGAAGUGGGCAGCAUAAUUGGAAAGAAAGGGGAAACCGUCAAAAAGAUGAGAGAGGAGAGUGGCGCUCGCAUCAACAUUUCGGAGGGAUCUUCUCCAGAGAGGAUUGUUACCAUCACAGGACCAACAGAGGGCAUCUUCAAAGCUUUCUCUAUGAUCGCUGAGAAGUUUGAGGAGGACAUUACAGCUGCAAUGACAAACAGCACGGUAACAAGCCAUCCUCCAGUGACACUCCGCCUUGUGUUCCCAGGGAGUCAGUGUGGCUCCUUGAUAGGCAAAGGAGGCUCCAAGAUCAAGGAGAUCAGAGAGACCACAGGUGCUCAGGUGCAGGUUGCAGGGGACAUGCUGCCAGAAUCCACUGAGAGAGCUGUCACUAUCUCAGGCACACCUCAGGCCAUCACACAGUGUGUCAGACACAUCUGCUCUGUCAUUCUGGAAUCACCACCCAAAGGAGCAACUAUCCCAUAUCGCCCCAAGACCAUGCCAGGAGCCGGCCAUCCAGUAUUUCAACAACAACAACAACAACAACAUGCUUCACAAGCCUUCACAAUUCAAGGACAGUAUGCGUUUCCACAUCAAGAUUUGACCAAGCUUCACCAGUUGGCUAUGCAGCAUAUCCCCCUCCCUUCCCUUGGGCAAAGCAACCCUACCUUCCCUGGAAUGGAUGCCUCUGUCGCCACAAGUUCUCAGGAGCUGGCGAUACCCAACGACUUUAUUGGCAGCAUAAUUGGCAGACAAGGCAGCAAGAUCAAUGAGAUUCGCCAGGUGUCAGGAGCUCACAUCAAGAUAGCCAGUGCCACGGACGGAUCGCCCAUGCGCCAAGUCACAAUCAUAGGCUCUCCUACCAGCAUCAGUGUGGCACAUUACCUCAUCAAUGUCAGCUUAGAGAUGGCUAAAUACACCAUGCAGGCUGCUUCCUCUGCGUCAUCUGUUGACCUCAACAAUAUGAGCUUCUCUCAGUCUGCUCCCACUGUCUCCACACCCACCUCUAUGGCUGUCAUGGCCGCCACCACCCAAGUCCCUGGCACCAUUAACAUGCACUCCCCCUCCACCUUACAGUCCAUCCCCACCCAGCACUAUGCCGUCCCCGUUUCCAGUCUGCUUGGCAUGAAAACGCUCCCUAUGCUGGCUAUGCACCCAGCAGCUGCCUCAGGGCUCCUGCAAAGUCUAUCCCCUUACACCACUAAGAUUCCUACUGCUGGCAUGAAAAAACCUGAGCGCCAGAAGUUUGCCCCAUAUUGACAUAUGGGAUAAGAAUUGAAUUCCUCUUCCAAAAACACGUUUGGGGUCAGUACUGCAUAACACUUGUUCCCUGUUGCAAAGCUUGAUUAAGAUAUAUUGACUGUAUGCAGAGGCCUCGUGCCCGUAGGGGGGACAGGGGUGUGUUCCCCCUCAGAUUUGUCUUGUUGAAAAAUAUGUUGUUGUUGUUCCUCUGUGAUACUACUAGCCACCUAGCAAUUUUAUGAAGUUGGCUUUAGGUAGCACAGAUAGGUUCCCAAUCUCCUAUCCUCAUUACUAGCUACCAAGAAGCCAUUUCAGGAUAUAAAUAAAGUUAGAGUAGCUCGUUGGCAAGGUUUCCUGCUGGCAAGAUUGCUACACUUUAGAAAAGCAAGCAGUUGCUAAAUGUACUGAAUAAAACUCACAUGAAUUUAAAUAUUUUACCCAGACUUUAGCAGAGCAGCAGAAAAGCAUAUAAGAGGUAUUCUGAGAUAUGCAGAAAAAAAUAAACAUAUUUUUGGCAUAUAAUUAAGCAUAAUGAUUAUUCUCUAGAUUGCAGGAUAAAGCUUUCAGCUGUUUGACACACACACACACACACACACACACACACACACACACACACACACACACACACACACACACACACACACACACACACACACACACACACACACACAGUAGUGUAACAGUAUUGUUUGCAACUGUAACUAAAGCGAAAUACCUACUUGUGUAUCAGAACAUACACAACAAUACAUACACAGGCAUUUCUCAAGCUUACAGUAUGUGAUGCACAGAAACAGCGGAUCCUUCCAGCAGAACAGUUUUCUCAGAUAUGAUGUACUGUAUUUUGUUUUGAAUCGCUGUAAACAGUUGGCCAAUGAUGUGGUUAGGAAAAAGCCAGUUCCAAACCAGAAUUGACGUUGUACCAGCUGCAUUCUAUCGGUAGGGUAACACUUUAAUUGACACCCAAGUGUCAAGUAUUAUGACAUGGCCAUAACCAUGUCAUAAUAUGUCAUAACAGCUGACAUAAUGUGUCAUAACCUGUUAUAAUAUGGUCAUAACACUGU